CCUAGUCAAACCAAGUUCCAGUCCAUACGUAGACUGCGAAGUGAACACGCCUACCUGCGCAAGAGGGGACCGAUGGCCUGGUGCUUUUGUACUGCAAGUCACCAGUGGGCACAAUAUCUUCAACAUGUUCGUCAGCUCAUGCAGGACUAUACUCGGGCUAAAAGUGAUAAGUGAUUGAUCACCCUUGCCCAGCUGAGUUCGGAGACUUCAAUCUUGAAUUUCGUCGGAGGCUGACCUGGCCUGAAACGGAUCCAUGUUCUGUAUUUAAUUCUCAAUGUGAUCAGUCUUAUUGCGUUUAUGACAUCCAAAAUCCUCAGUUACGCCGUCGAGUGCCAGUGGAGGCGGGACGUCAGCCCUGGGAACGCUGUCGGGGUCAAGUCCUUGACAGAAACACAGUACAAGUUCGCCAAUCUCAUCAACCAAGGGGAAUUUUACGAGAGGAUCGUAUUUUACCACUCAUCGAAAUGGCAUGUGUACCAGAAAGGGCGAUAUACAGGAUUUCUGACAGUCUUCCCGGCAAGUGAAUCUCAUUGCGUUGAUCUAUACGUGUCGAAGAGCCUGAGAUUCUUCGGGAAAAUUAUUGGUGUUCUCGGCUUGGUAUGCUCACGUCAUUAUGUUCCUUGGCGCACUACCACGAUCUAUGAGCAGCCGCGUUAUCCACCGAGAGUGCCCGGAAUGAGGCUAAUCAAAUAUGCGCCUCUGUUUCCACGUUUGGCUUCCCAGCUGCCCUGGAGCUCUCGUCAUCUUGAAAAUGUUUCGAGCGCAUGCAAAGACACCCUAAGGAGAAGAGAGUAUGUCAAGGUACUUGCAAAAAGUAUAAUCAGGCGCAAAGUGAAAGAAUCGCAAGUACGCCACGGUAGCAUCAGUCCGUCAUACCAUCCGGUCCCAACUCCGAAUAGCCAGAAAGCACACGACCUCCGCAAAGCUCUCGUGAAGACACUAGGAGCUAGCGCAUUGAAGAGGGAGUCACUCGUGACCAAGGAGAAAGAAGCACCCCACACUCCGAAGGAAAUCCGUUUGGAGCGUCGCAUGCGUUUGGCCCUUGGAGAGAAUCUAUCGAUCAAGAACCUUGCUUCCGCUGCUAUUGCGAGAAAGGCGCCUGCAUCUCCUCUGCCCGACCGUUCGCCAUCUCGAAUCCAUUCUCUACAGCCGAAGACACGUUAUCAGAACCAGAAGUCGAGUCGUCACAGUCUUCAUGAGGCAGCGGCCGCCUCGUUCACACUGUUCGUGAACCUCGGCCCGGAAUCGGAAGACGCUGUUCCAGGUUCCUAUCACGCUGUAGUCUCUCUGUAAAUGUCAUAUGCCUUCAAGCCUUGAGCUUAUAUAAGCUCAGGUACUUCAGUACCUCGGUCCUCGAUGCGUCGUUGAGGCGCAUCAGCCGAUUUCGCAGUCCGCUACAAACCCCUAAUCUCCGGCUUCAAAGCUCUGGCCAAGCUUCGUGGUGUGAGCACGCGAGCAGCCUUGAAACUAUCUUAUCGAUUCCUUGUCAGUCGGCAUUCAUCCAAGCUGGUAGGGCAUUCCAGACAAAAUAGUAGUUUUAAAUUUGUAAUCGGACAGUCGUGUCAACAAUUUUGAUGGGGCUUACC